CUCCUAAUCAUGGAGACAACGCUUUUCCUACAGGCCUGUUCGUUGGACCUCAGUGGGGAAAAAAAGGCCAAUAAGUGAAUUUCCUCUAAUUUAUUUUCUUUCUCUUAAUUUUUAAUUUAUUUUUACUACCUUUCAGCUAACCUAUUUUAAUUUCUGAAAUCUAAAAACUCUGAAGCAUGUUGGUCUUCUCCAGUGCAAAAAAAAGUCCCCUUCAUCAAUAUUCCAUUCUGUUUGCUCUCUCUGUCUCCUCCGUUGUCCUUUUUUCCCUCUUUUAAAUUCUGAAUCCUCGACAAGAUGAUUCCUUAGUGCUAAAUCUGAUCUGGGCAUUGUGCCAAUUGUUGAAAGCUGGCAUCUUGGGAGAUGGGUACUGUAUAUUUUCUAGGUUUUUAGCAGAUUUAGAUGUGGGUUCGCCUUUUCUGGUGGUGAAAAUUUGAGGUUAUUAGGUAAAAGGAGAGCUUUUUUGUUCUCUAUCGAAAUUUGUUUAUUGAAAGUAUUUAAAGGGGAUUAUUCUGAUUGUCAAAUAAUCUUCCUCCUCGUCUCCAAUUGUGGUUUUGUACAUAGAUUUGGGAUAUUGCAAUUGGAUUCUUCUUCAUUUGGGGAGAGGAAGGGGAUUAUUUGUAGCAUAUUUGUUUCCUUUUUGGAUUUGUUUGUGCUUGCUUGAGCAUGUUAUUGUACCUUUUCUCUUUCAAGUAUCCCCAUUUUUGGAUCCUGUAUAGACAAUUUUGAUUAAGUCGUUAGAUUCCUCUUCUCUUGAUGUGAAAUUAAAAGAGUCGGGAGUUACCUUUGUUGACUGAAAAUGAGAUUUUUAAGUCUCAUGGGCAAUUCCUUUGGUUGCUCGGCUUCUGGAGAGAGGCUGGUCUCUGCUGCAAGAGAUGGAGACCUCCAAGAAGCGAAAGCUCUAUUGGAAUACAAUCCGAGGCUCGCCAGAUAUUCGACUUUCGGUGUUCGUAAUUCUCCUCUUCACUACUCUGCAGCACAAGGCCAUUAUGAGAUUGUCUCUCUUUUGGUCGAGUCAGGCGUUGAUAUUAACCUGAGGAAUUUUCGAGGGCAGACAGCCCUAAUGCAAGCUUGCCAAUAUGGUCACUGGGAGGUUGUUCAGAUCCUAAUGCUUUUCAAAGCUAAUAUCCACAAAACAGAUUAUCUCAAUGGCGGAACAGCUCUUCACUUUGCAGCCCUAAAUGGUCACACUCGCUGUAUUCGCCUCCUCCUUGCUGAUUAUGUCCCUAGCAUACCUAACUUUUUGAAUACUAUGAGGAGAACCCAAGAGGUUUCUUUAUCAGAUUUUGAUGAGGAUAGUCUAUCUGAGAUGAUAAACAAAAGGGCAGAUGGAGGCAUCACUGCACUUCAUAUGGCUGCAUUGAAUGGACAUGCAGAGAGCUUGCAGUUACUCCUUGAUUUAGGUGCUUGUGUAACUGAUGUCACUGUUGAAGAUGGGACAACAAUUGAUCUGAUAGGUGCAGGAAGCACAGCCCUUCACUAUGCUGCAUGUGGUGGAAAUGCUGUUUGCUGCCAAGUUCUUAUUUCUAGAGGAGCUAGCUUAAUUGCUCAAAAUGCUAACGGAUGGACUCCUUUGAUGGUCGCUCGUUCAUGGCAUAGAAAUUGGCUUGAGGGUAUCCUAAGCAGACGACCAGAAGGUCGAAUAAAGAUUCUUCCUUCACCAUUUAUCUCCCUCCCCAUGAUGAGCAUCAUGCGAAUUUCUAGGGAGUAUGGGUGGAGACAUACUAUUCAGUCUCCGGCAUGCAUCGAUCCUUGUGCUGUUUGCUUAGAAAGAAGAUGUACUGUGUCUGCAGAAGGAUGUGGUCACGAGUUCUGCACUCGAUGUGCACUGUACCUCUGUUCCACAAACACCGCCAUAGCUUCAUCGGGACCACCAGGCUCCAUCCCGUGCCCUCUAUGCCGAAAUCCUAUCGUCUCCUUCAUCAAAAUACCAGGUCGAAGCCCAGCCAGAGAACAACCAAGAAUGAGUCUCUCGCUCUCUCUUUGUACCACGUGCCCUACUGUUGGCUCGGAGCCAACAGAUACCCCAAUGUGUACCCAGUUGUGCAAACCCGACAUCAGUUGUACCCGAAUCCGACCUGUAAGCUCCUCUUCAUCCUUUCGGUCUCUCAGUUGUCAGAGAUUUCCCUCGAUGAGAUUGAACUCGACUCUGUGUAUGGGAGCAAGCGAUACAAAUUCGUGCCUUGUUAGGUGCCCGAGAUCAGGGUUACGGAGAUCAUCAUCUCAAGGGGAGAGUGGUGGUGGUAGUAGUAGAAGGUCAUGGUUGUUUUCUUUAAAUCAGCUUUAUGUAACUACUGGAGGCAGCAGUUGAUUCUGUGUUUUACUGUAUUUCUAGUGUGGGUUUUGUAAUUAUAGGACCAUCCAUGAGUGAUUUUGUGUGUUAUGUGUGUUUAUAUGGAGCUAAUUGUUGUCUUAACGAAGCAAGGGUGGAGGAGGGAAAUGGAUGUUUUUUGCACUUGUUUCAAUUUCCCAUAUCGUGUGCAAUUUGAUUGAAAGGUAUUUGUUGACUUA